CGGAGUUUCAAAGAUCCUGAAAUAGCUAGAUUCUUCUGUAGUUUUUUUUCCCCCAGCUUUAUGGAGAUAUAAUGGACAUAUGACAUUUUGUAAGCUGAAGGUUUACAAAGUGUUAAUUUGAUAUAGUUAUGUGUUGCAAAAUGAUUACCACCAUAGCCUUAGAAUAGUUCUUUUUUAUUUCAGCUUUUCUCUCUCACACAUGGUUUCCACAAUUUACUUCAAAUUCCUGUCACAAUUUUGUUCAAUCAAAUAUUUAUCUAUACGUAUGUUUGGCUUGCAUAGCUUCAAUAAUACAAAAUCACAUUUCUGAGUUUUCCUAUUUUACUGUCAUUAUUCAUUUCCCUCUUUAAAUUACAAACAUUUAAAAAUUGUAUUCUGAAGUGAGAACAUGGAUCAGUCAUUUCAUAAAGACAAGUUGCAAUGCAAUCUUGAAAUCACUGAAAACAAGUAGGAUCAUCAGAGAAAUUCAGGAAAACAGUUGACAGUGAGAAGUGUGGCAGACAACAUAUUGUCCCUCACAAACAGGACAGAAAAGAUGACAAAACUACCCUUUGUCAUAAUGAAUGACAGUAAACAGCAGCAUUUACAUGAAAAGGUUUAGGGUAUUUUUGGAAACUUAUUCAAAUAUAGGUUUUAUUAUGCAGAGAUGUGAAUCAGCAUAAAACAUUUUUUACAUCUUCACCCUUAGUUGCACUGUUACCUUUUGGAGGCUCCAUUCUAAAUCUUAGAAAGAAUAUUCACAUGUACUUAUCUUCUCAAAUAUGUAUUUUUCCCCUCGUAAAAAAAAAUUGAGAUAAUCUUUAUAGUUCUGCUUUCAAAAUUAUCCAACUAAAAGUAACUUAUUUAGGUUUGGCUAUCUUUUUUGCCCAUUUAUCAUACUUGGGAAAGUAUUUGGAAGGGAGACAUUUUCCCCCCAAAUACUGAACUUAAGUUUUAAACUUUAGUUAAGUUUUCCAUUUGUAUAAAAGUUAUUUUCUAAGGGAAAUUUAUUAUGAACAGGGAAAUGAUUUUGCAAGUUGUUUCUACCAGCCAUAUAUAUUCCUACUCAACUUAUUGAAGGUUGUUGGUCAGAGUAGACAAAUUAGAGAUUGAUUAAUUGUUUUGCUGUAGAGAAAAGAUGUCUUCAGAAAGGAUAAAUACCUAGAUAGAGUGAAUUGAUUGAGUUCUUAUUUUAAUAAUUGAGAAAGGGGCCACAAAUUCGGCUUAUUUAGCAAUCUGUAAGAACCUAAACACUCUCAAUAGAGGCAAAACUAUUCAAGUUUUUCUGGCGUGUAACAAACACACAGAAGUGAGGAUGAUAUUUGAGAAUUGAUUAAAGAAAGUUGAUGAUGGAGACUGAGUCAUUUGAAAUUCUUUAUCCAUUUAGAUGUGAUGAAAAUUAUAACUUUGGUGGUAAGAUAAUGAAUGAUAUCAUUACUAUCUUUCUUUGCUGAAAACGAGUCCCUUUGGCAAGUAUUUUCCCAAAACAGUAAAACAAACAUGUCAGUAGAUCAGUGGGCAUUUUAGCUGAACCAAUGAUAAAAGCUAUUUGAUUUCUCAGGAAGAAAAUAUGCUGAUCAAAAUUUCCACCGAGUAUUGCUUGCCAGAGGUGAGGGUGGGUAGGGGAAUAGGUGAAAUAAGUGAAGGGGAUUAAGAGGUGCAAUCUUUCAGUUAUAAAAUAAAUAAAUAGUGGGGGUGAAAGGUAUUGUCUCAGUACUGGAGUCAGUAAUAUUGUAAUAACUUUGUAUAGUGACAGAUGGUAACUACAGUUAUUGGAUGAGCAUUUCAUAAUGUAUAUAAUUGUCAAAUCAAUAUGUUAUAUACCUGAAACUCAUAUAAUAUUGUAUAUCAACCAUAAUUCAAUUAAAAAAACUUCCACCAGAUACAAGUUGUAAAUGUUGGCAGCCCAAUGGCAGGAUUCUGGUAUCUUACUUGGGUGGUCACUCUGCAUAAUGACAAAAUAAACAAGAAACAAUGAGCCUCCCUCCCUACAAAGCACAAAAGCACCACCACCAAAAGCCGAAUCUGUGUGUCUCUACAUGAGUGAGCCUAGACUCCUGAAAUAUUAUGGCACCAAGACAGACAAGAGCAAUUGCCUGGUUGCUGAAUCUAAUUUAUCAAGUGUCAGUUCAGUUCAACUCAGUCCAGAUCUUAAAAGUGACAUGCUUGGGACAUCAGCCUCCUACCUGCAGGGCAGUAAGAUAGGUAGGACAUGGCUGGGUUAUUUGUUGUGAUUUUGAGUAAUUUUAAACCUAAGUUGAAUAUAAAAAACAAUCAAUGUUAUAGAAAUUAGAAUGCAAACUAUGCACUUAUUUUAGCAUAAAACAGGAAACUGUUAAGACAUUCCAUGUUUGUGGCAGCAUUCAUGAUGCAAUCCACGGUCCUCUGAGGGACAUGUGUUCACUUAUUUUCAGGUGUGUGUGUGUGUGUGUGUGCGUGUGUGUGUACAAGCAAAGGUGUGCUCUGUGUUGGGUGUUCUGAAGUCAAAGCUGAGAAGACAAGCCAGAGGUAAGUGACAUUCCAGGGUCAAUGUAUACGAUAGGAAAUGAGGUUUGUGGUCAAGAGAAGGAAAAGAGGGUAACAGGAAAAGCUGGGAUGACGAAGCAGCCCACAGGAACUGACACUGUGAAGAAAACAUCCUCUCCUGUCACCCUUACUGUAGGCUUCUCUCUUGUCCUGAGGUCGGGCCAUCAUUAUAUUCUGAGUCUGGGCCCAUAGGCAAGGCCCACACCAAAGCAGGAUCUUGAUUCUCCCUCAGAAAGUCUAGAUAUUUUCCGUGUCAACCAUUAUGCAAAAAGGCUAACCUUAACUCACAGGAAGAUGAAGGUGGAGCUUAGCCAGAAGGAAAGGGAUCUCGAUCCUAUCUGAGGUUCUUGCUCGCCUGCGCCCAGACCUGGAGGAGGAUGGAAAUGUGUCCCGUUAUUCCCUGGCUCUUGCCUCGCGUAUCCCUUGAACUGGGAGAGAAGGAGGCUGAGGCCGCCUGAGGAGGAAGACCCAGCUCCCGGGGGCUCCGAGAAGACGCCUAUCCCAGAUCCACACCUAAGUUUCACUUGCUGUCUUUUCUCAUUGUUGUCAUCUUUGAGAAUUUAGUUUCUCUUCCUAAAUAUAACAGUAUGGGCUUAGGUGUGUAAUGGAGAAUUGAGGGGAGGAUUUACUAGUUUUGGGGUUCACUCAAAGAGGGAAAGAAGAGCCUCUGAGACCAUUAGGCCGCAAUGACGCAGAGCCUCCAGGGUUUCAGGGAGCCGGAGCUGAGCUACCGAAUCCAGUCAUCCUCUCAUGCACACAGAUAUGCUGGCCUGUCUUUUACCCUAAGGGAUUUGAAGAGAUGAGAAGCAUCAUAUACUGGCAGGAAAAUCUGAUGUAUCAUGUCUGCUUCUGGGAAGAAGAAACCAAAGAAUGAAAGUUUGUUUUCAGGAGGUGUUGGGCAUUUAUUUAUUUCCUAAUUAACUCUUUCUCCCCCUUGCUCAGGCAAAAACUAGUCAUUUAAUGUCUUUUGAGAUAGAAGGCUGACCAUAGUGUCCGGUGAACAGUGAAACAAGAUAUUUAUUGAAUGAAUGAAUGAAUGAAGAUGACACAGCCUCCAUCCUUGCAGCUCACAGAUUAAGGAGGCCUGAGAAAAGCUCCAUGUUGCAGAAAAGUCCAUAAAGACCGAGCAUUCCAAGGCUUUACUUUGAGCUGGUGCAUGAGCACAUCACUUAUUCCACAGGGAUUAAGGAUUCUCCCCUUCCUCACUGAGGUGGAACAGAAGAGGCAAAUUGUUACAUACACAUGGUCUAACCUGAAAGGCCAGGUAACGUUGACCGCAGAGAUACAAUUAACGUACUGUUAUUGUUAUAGAAAGUGAGUUUAGUCACUCUCAAUGGAUCCAUUUGCUAUUUUCUAAAGAUUUUGAUAAAGAUCUUUCAGGUAUUCAUGUAUUGAAAGAGCUUGACAGAAUGGAUCCAGAUUUCUACGUUAAAAUAAUGGUGUCCAGAGAGAGUAAAACAGGUAAUAAGCACCACGGAUGGCACUCUGUCAUUGUGAGGCUAGCUUCUCUCUGGGUAGGCCACUGUUACUUUGAGUGGCUGCUUAUUAUUUUAUCCAUCACAGGUAUGCACCAUAAAUCACUAAGCCAUCCAUUUAUGUAGUGAAUAUAAAUCUUAUUCAAUAAACUCAGGUAAGCAGGAAAUGUCACAUCUCUAUUUGCUUUAAAUCAAAUUAAAUAAGUCUCUGGACUUCUAUCGCAUAGAGUUGCUGAGCAUUAACUCCAACUUGGUCAUUAUUUGGGUUCCCUUUCCCAUGACCCAAGGUCAUGUAAAGGUUCCGGGAGCGUUAUAGGAACACUCAAAUGUCAGGGAGGCCCACUGGGUGCUGCUGAGAUGUCCAUUGUUCAGGCCUUCCUGGACCUUUGAAGUCUGCAACUCUGUCGCUUCUGCUAGACAGACCACAGGUGCCUUGGUCUAGGUUGGGGUCCUAAGGAUCUUGAGGUACACUUUGCAGGCAUCGUCUGACUGUGCUUCCUCCCUAGCAGGCUUGCAGAGAGCGGAGCCAGGGUCUCUGAUACACACUAGAACUGCCAGCCUCUGUUCCUCUUCCAGCCAGAGAUGCUCUCUUCAUUCUCCCUGGGUGUGUCUGUGUGUCUCCUUCCCUCAGUUCCCAGCAUGAUCUCUGCAAGAGCUCAGGGUUUUGGCGAACACAUGUUCAGUAGAGAUUAUCUCCAACAGCUUCGGUUGUUUGCUAUUACAAACCUCCCCCUGACACAAGGAAACUCCAUGCUACUUGCUUAGAAUAGGAUAUAUUCCAACAUAUUGAACAAUAGCGACAGCAAAUUACUGCCUCAGGGGUUAGCCCUGCUGCUUAUUCAACAAACAGUAAUCUACUACUAACCAUGCGGCAGGCUCCGAACCAGGCACUAAUAGUGAGCAUGACAGGGUUUAUCACUGUUUUCAAGUGACUGUCGUAAUGGACAAUACACACAGGUCCACAGCCAAUGACCACACAGUUGAUAAGUUUUGCAGAGUUAUUUGAUCUGGAGUUGGGAGGUGCAGAAGUCAUCCUUAGAGGAUGUUUCACGUAAGUUGAGAGUGGAAAAAGAGCACGAGUUCACAAAUGAGGAUGUGAACAUGUGCAAACAUCAGGGGCAAGAGAGAUACCACCAUCUUUUAAAAAUUUGAAGAUCCACAGGCCUGGGAUGCUGAAGUUCAAGGUGGGGUGUGGAGAGAAAUGAAGCUAGCAGAUUAAACGUGACACCUAUCAACAAGGAGCAUACACAGUCUAAGGUCCUGGGAACUAAGGGGGUUGCUCACUUAACACGUUUCAAUCUCACUUUUUCUUGCCUUACUUUUCUGUAGUGAUUGGAAAGUUAAAAUACUGACCUUCCUAACCUCCCUUGGGAGUGAGGUGAAGUCUGGUUCUGGCCAGCUGAUCCUGUAAGGGCCAAGGGGAAGCUGCCCCCCGCACCCUCCCCCCACCCCAUCAUGGGCCACUUUGGCGUAUUGAUUAUUUUGAAUUAAAAUUAUUUAAGGAAACAGCGAGAGCACGAACACUCUGACCCGAUUUGUGUCCAGAAAGCAGGAAAUAAAUUUCCACAUGAAAGGUACCAUCCCUGUACCAGGAAGAGAUGCCCUUACCAUCAGACAUAGGGAAUUCAGAGCCCAGAAAACUAUAUAAACAAACCUUGUUACGUUUACUAUUUUACUACCCCAGCCCAGAUGCUGUUUAAAAUUCCUUACUAAUUGAAGCUCCCAGACAUAAGUUUUCUUUGAACAUUCCUUACAGAUUUAUUGUCUCUUUAUCUAAAAAGUAUAAAAACGGCCUGUCUUGGUCAUUCCUUUAGGUCUCAAUUUCAUUACUUGGCCUCCACGCACAUGUAAUUAAAGUUUGGUUUUUUUUCCUCCUCUUAAUCUGUCUCAAUUUAAUUCUUAGACCAUAGGAGGAAAUUUUCCUUCCCUCUCCUACCAAACAGAAGUCUGUCAUGCUGCUGCUCUAUUCCUUUACUCUCCCUGCGUGGUCUGGAAAUGAUGGCUGAAGACAUCACUGGAGACGGGCGCAACAGAAACAUAGAACUGCUUCCCCAUUGCAGAGACUGUCGGAGAGUCCAGCUCCCUCCUCCAAUACUGCCUGGGGCGAGGUGGAUAAACCUGCCUUUGGUUAAGCCACCUCUAUUGAGUUUCAUGCAGAUGAAUGCAAACCCCAAAUACAGGGAGCUAGUGAUGUAUUUAAAUGUGAGAGUUGAUGUUUUUAGUUUAGAACAAUUGCUCUAGCUUUGUGGGAGCUGGUCUGGACAGGGACAAGGGCAGCUGUGGGGACACAGACAGGAGGGCUGUUGGUGACUGAUAAUGGCAGCUGCAGGGCUAAGGUGGCCUUGUUGGAGAGACAGGUGGAUCUGAGAAGUGUUGGGAGGGGAAGAGUUAACUGGAGGUGACAAGACAAAGCAGCUGAGAGGCUCUGGCUUGACUUAGUGGGCAGGAUGAAGAGUCUUUAAUUGUUGGCAUCUCUAAAGAACACUGGGGUUAAAAAUCAAGCUUUUUCAAAUCUUGAUUUCCUUAAAAUGAUGGAUGAAACGACUUUUGCCCAGGUUUUCAAUCAUGACCAUAGAGAUUUGGAGCUUCAGGGAUGCCUGAAAUCUCUCAUAAAUAAUUCUUGUGCAUUUCCCAGGUUGGGAAUGAUCCUGCCACCCAAAACAAGCCUGGAGAAGCAAUUUUUAAAAAUGAUUCAUACAUUGGCAUAUCUGGAGUCAAACAUCUGAGACAUCUAGGUUCUGAGAACUCAGUCACUAACUCAUCCUUUCAGAUGCCACUAACAGCUUCAGUAAGGGCAAAGCGGCAGAGCUCUCCUUGUUUCCUGGUCCGGUCCCUUUGUUUGCAGUCCUGGACUAUGCCAGAGAUCUGGCGCCAUGGGCUGUGACUUUGGAAAGCCUUGUGGGCUGGGGAGAGGGUGAAUGGAACUGAGAAUACCCAGAAUUGCGGGGUUAAGGUGGUGGAGCAAAUUUCAACACUGUCCCUUAUAAAUAUAACAGGUAAUUAUAUUUCUUAUUUUUGCCUUUUCUCCCCCUUCCACAGACAUGAACACAAAGGGCUUUUGGGUUCUUCUACGAGCAAGAGACAGACAGAAAGAGAGGAAGAGGGAGAGGGAGAGGGAGAGACAGGAAGAGAUUCCUAUGUAAGGAGACAAGCACACCUAAAAACCCAAUGGCCUCCACCAGUCGGUCCAGGUCUACACUGACAGCCUCCUUUUGUGAUGCAUGUGCCCAAGUGGGUCUUUAUUCCGGAGAUCUCUGAGUCGUUGGUGAUCUUGUGUUUAAGGACCUGGGUUGUCUCUUCUUACCUGUAGCGCUGGGCACAGUAGAAGCAAGUUUUCCAGGCAGCACUUGGUGCUGUGGCAGCUUAAGGCGCAGCAGAUGCCGAGAGAACGGUCGAAGAUCGGAGCCUGAGUGACCGCCUCACAGAUGCCGCUGGCUUGGGCCCAGUGUCCCGGAGCAGAGCCCGGAGCAGGGACCUGGGUGCGAGUGAGAGGGGGAGAAGCAGGAUGGGACUGGGAAGAGCCAAGCUGAGCUCUGGUCUCAGUUGGAGGCUAACUUCAGUCUGGGCUAAAGGAGGACUCUGAAUCGCACUCCAGAUUGGUCCCGUCUUGAGGCACGUACCUGUAAAUGAGGAUCGCAGUCCCCAGACAGAGAUGAUGUCCGUCAUGUGCAACCACAGCUCAGCAUGCUGGCUGGUACAUAGGGAACUGUAGCCCUCCUUAACCUGGCAUCCGCACCAGGUCCUUGCUGUUGUCUCUCCUGGAGUUCUCCUGCUCACGGCAUUGGCACUGACGUAUUCUGACUGAUUGGCCUAUUUCUCCAUCUUUUAGACCUGGAAUGUAUCAAUGGAGAGAGAGAACCACACAGUGGUGAGUGAAUUUGUUUUCCAGGGUUUUUCCAGCUUUCACGAACACAAGCUCACCCUCUUUGUGGCAUUUCUUGCCUUGUACCUCGUAACUCUGGCCGGCAAUGUCAUCAUUGUGACAAUCGUCAGCACUGACCGUCACCUCCACACCCCCAUGUACUUCUUCCUGAGCUUGCUGUCCGCCUCAGAGACCAUGUACACGUUGGUCAUUGUGCCAAGGAUGCUGUCCAGCCUCAUAGGCCCAAGCCAACCCAUCUCCUUGGCUGGCUGUGCUGCCCAGAUGUUCUUUUUUAUCACUCUGGCCAUCAACAACUGCUUUCUGCUCACAGCAAUGGGGUACGACCGCUACGUGGCCAUCUGCAACCCCUUGAGGUACACAGUCAUCAUGAACAAGAGGGUGUGUGCCCAGCUGGCAUGGGGGGCCUGCAGCAUUGGGCUGCUUGUGGCCAUAAUUCAGAUUUCCUCUGUGUUCAGGCUGCCCUUUUGUGACAGAGAGGUGGCCCAUUAUUUCUGUGACAUCCGCCCAGUUAUGAAACUCUCCUGUGCUGACACCACUUUACAUGACAUAAUUAAUUUUGUCAUCAGCUCACUCGUUAUUGUGGUGCCCAUGGGCCUGGUCUUCACCUCCUACGUCCUCAUCAUCUCCACCAUCCUCAGGAUCACCUCGGCUGAGGGCCGGAAGAAGGCCUUUGCCACCUGCGCCUCCCACCUCACGGUGGUCAUCGUCCACUACGGCUGCGCCUCCAUUGCCUACCUCAAGCCCAGGUCAGAGAACUCCCGGGAUCAGGACCAGCUGAUCUCGGUGACCUACACCAUCAUCACCCCCCUGCUGAACCCCGCGGUGUACACCCUGAGGAACAAAGAGGUCAGGGAUGCCCUUCGCCGUGCUAUCGGCAAGAAACCUCUGACCUAGGAUCUUUGCAAUUUGACACAUACAUAGCCUAUCAUCCUCGGGGUAAUGUUGUAACCUCAAAAAAAUGUUGAUCCUAUCAUUCAUCCUCUACCUAGAAAGAG